AUGAGCCCACUUAAACACGAAGUUUGUAUUAUCCAAAUCUGUAGCCUUGCAGUGCAGUUGUCCAAAAUCAGAGAGAGUGUUCUAGUCAUAUCCACAGAUCCAGCUCACAACAUAUCAGAUGCUUUUGACCAGAAAUUCUCUAAGGUGCCAACAAAAGUUAAAGGAUUCUCUAACCUGUUUGCUAUGGAAAUUGAUCCAAAUGUUGGUAUGGCAGAUUUACCAGAUGAUUACUUUGAAGGACAACAAGAUGUGUUGGCAGUUGGCAAAGGUGUCAUUCAGGAGCUGUUAGGUGCUUUUCCUGGUAUAGAUGAAGCCAUGAGCUAUGCUGAAGUUAUGAGGUUGGUUCAAAGUAUGAAUUUUUCUGUGGUGAUAUUUGAUACAGCUCCCACAGGACACACACUGCGUCUGUUAUCCUUUCCCUCUAUGGUGGAGAAGGGGCUGGGAAAACUUCUUAAGAUAAAAAGCCAGUUUGCACCCUUUAUCUCACAGAUGGCAGGUGUGAUGGGCAUGCAGGAUAUGAAUGCAGAACAGAUGACCACAAGACUAGAAGAGACACUACCCAUCAUUAAACAAGUUAAUGAACAGUUUAGGAAUCCAGACCAAACUACAUUUGUGUGUGUGUGUAUAGCUGAAUUCCUAUCACUGUAUGAAACAGAGAGGCUAGUUCAAGAACUUACUAAAAUGAACAUUGACACUCAUAACAUUGUUGUCAACCAGCUAAUGUUCCUCCCCAAAAAUGAAAAACCUUGCAAAAUGUGUGCUGCCAGACAUCGGAUACAAUCCAAGUAUCUGGAUCAGAUUGAAGACCUGUAUGAGGACUUUAAUGUUACCAAACUUCCAUUACUGGAACAUGAAGUGAGGGGUGCUGAUGAUAUUCGCCAGUUUUCUGAACAUCUAGUGAAACCAUACAGUGUAUGAUAAGUGUGGAGUUAAAUUGUGGUAAACCUCAACUACUAGUCAUGGAAGUUGCAACUUGCAAUCUUAGCUGUGCUUUGGACAAGCAUGAUUAUUACAAAAGAUAAUUAUUUAAAAUGGAGAAAAUAAAACCAUCUCGGUGACACACCAUCAUAACAUGCACAAAAGAGAGCCAUAAAGUGAAAAGGGAGAAAUACAAACCAACUUCUGGUGAUGAUUUUGAUGAAAAUCAGUCAACUUGUGGCAAUUCUGUAUUAAGUGAGGUAAUUUUAACUGAUUUAACAAUCGAUGUCAUAGCAACGCCUUAGGGAUAUUCAGGUUGGUGCACUAUUUUCAUGGUACAACGGCAUUCUUGCUCAUUUCGUCUCUAGUGUGACGGGGGCAUAAUGAAAAUCUGACUCCCCCCAUGAAAUUUUGACUCCCUCUCACAAAACUUUAUCAAUCUUAUAUUAUAUGAGUAUAUAACUUUUAUCUUGUAGUGUGCAUAAUGGAGGAUACAUUGGCACUUUUUGAAAAUUUUCAUGAGAAAUUAAGAAAAUCAAAAACAUGUAUUUUUCCACCCAGUAACUCCUAUGAAAAGGCUAUGGGAGUCCAAAUCCUACGGGUAGUAAGAUGAAUGCAAAAAUGAUCAAUUUUCACCCCCAAACUUUCAAAUACUAACAAAAUAUAUGUCACAAUGCAAACCAU